CCUCACGCACCGCGCGUGACGCACGCUAUCCUCGACAACGUUCUCUGUUCGAUCUCGUCGGUUUCCUCCGAACACUCCCAUUUUCUGAAAACCCUAGAAAGCUUCAUCUUCAUCUUCAUCUUCAUCGUCGUUGUCGUCAUAAUUGAACAGUGUAAAGACCGAAUUGAACCUCUGGGCUAAGAUUUUUCGGUCCUCUGGAGACAUUCGAAUUCGUUCAGUCUAGAAGAUGUCGCGCGAGAAGCCCAGUGUUUAUCACGAGAGGCAAAGACUUCAGUUCUGCCUCUUGCACUCCCUCAACAAUCUCUUUCAGAGAAAGGAGGCAUUCACUCGCCAAAGUUUGAAUCUGAUCGCCGAGAGACUCGUCCUCGAUGAUCCCAACAAGGAGAAGUGGACACCGUUGUCUCUGCUGUUCAAGCCUCACCACAAUGCGCUCACCGGGAAUUACGACAUUAAUGUUCUCAUCGCCGCUCUAGAAGGCGAAGGCAAGAGGGUGGCGUGGCAAGAUCAUCGGGGCGGAGCCGCCACGAUUGAUCUGGAGGAUUCAGGCGACAAAUUGAUGGGCCUCGUGCUGAAUGUUCCUGUUAGAAGGUAUGCUGGGCUUUGGCGAAGUAGGCAUUGGGUUACGGUUAGGAAGGUUGAGGGUGUUUGGUAUAAUCUGGACAGCGACCUUGGCGAUCCUUAUGCUUUUCAACAAAUAGAAGAAGUUAGGGAGUUCCUGGAUCAUGUUAUGGCCAAUGGUGGCGAAGUUUUGCUGGUCCUGAAUGAUGACCAUGAUGCAACUUCAUGGGAAACGACUCUCGUUGAAGGAAUAGGAGUCUUGAGAAACACGUGUUUGAAGAGUGACCCUGAAUUUAUGGAUCUUGUGCUGGUUAUGGAAACACAAGACAUCCUUUUUGGAGUUGUCACGAGUUCUGAGUACUUCCCGCUAGCUGUUCUGCUGGGAAAGGAGCUCGGUUCUUUAGCUAUAAAAGCAGAAAGCGCCACUCAGCAGGUAUUAAAGAGUAAAGGUCUGCUAUUUGGUGUAAGGGUGUCACAAUUUCCUAUGCUUGCUUUUCCUGAAAGUGAUUCCUCAGCUGAACUAGAGAUGUCGACAAGAGGAAACGGCAGAUUAAGUCAAAGGGAAGAAACCAAGAGGCCAGUGAUUGAUCACCACAGACACAGGAGGUGUAAACUGACGGGCAAAGUCGCCGGAAGAAGGUGGUGCACAGCCACCGCAGGAAACUGCUGUGUCAGAGUGCCUGCAAGGCUAGAUUCUUCGCCGAGGAAGCUUUUGAAGCAUCUCAGAGAGAGAGUGCUAGCAACUUUACGGCUGGUGUCGAUGGGAAAGAGGAGGCCAUCCAAGAUCUCUUCCACAGUCAACUCAAAACCGUCCACAGCGUCUUUUGAUUCACAAAGAACAGAAGCCGUUGAGGACUGCAUCAAUUACAUUAACUCAUCAUCAUCUUCGUCAUCAUCUUCAACAUCGUCAUCGUUGUCGUCAUCUUCUUCUUCUUGUACUACGGUUACUAAUACAAUCACCACUCGGCCACCACCAGCACCUAGUCCUCCUCCUCUGCCAAAUUUGAAUUCCAAACCAGAAGAUUCUGCUACUCAGCCUUCAUCAUCACCACCGCCUACCCAUUGUCCUCAGCCAAAAUCGAAUUCCGAAUCGGAAGGUUCCGUAACCCUGCCUCCACCUUCACUGCUACCACCACCUAGCUGUUGUCUUCAGCCGAAAUUGUAUUCUGAAUCCGAUGGUUCUGCAAUCCCGCCUCCACCUUCACCGCCACCACCUAGCCAUUGUCCUCAGCCUAAACUGAAUUGCGAAUCAGAAGGUUCUGCAAUGCUGCCUCCACCUUCACUGCCGCCGCCGCCGCCGCCACCAUCACCUAGCUUUAACAAAUCAGAAGGUUCUGCCACCCCACCUCCACAACCACCACAAAUGCCACCACCAUCUAGACCUCCUCUGGAGCCAAAAUCAAAUUCCCAAUCAGUAGGUUUAGCUACUCCUCCACGUCUUCCCCUGCCGCCGCCGCCGCCACCGCCACCACCACCAUAUCCAAGAUCGACCCCAAAACAGCACGUUACAUCGGGGUUGGUUAAAACCUCGGAGCUCUGCUCAAAUCUUCCUUCUGUUAAGAAGAUUUGAGCACGCGGGUCUUGCAAAACAGAAUUAUGAAUAUCUUCUUAGCUUGUGACAAUACAAUGUACGCCUGAUGCCUGAAUGUGUCGGUACUUUUUUCUGUAAGCUGUGCGCUAAUUAGUUCGAUUGCUUAACUAUGUUUGUAAAUGGAAACUCUUAACGAUG